AUGGAUGUCAAUAGAGCCCUUCUAACAUCUCACAUUUGGAGCAUUAUUACCAAUCGAAAGUCCCUUUGGGUACAAUGGAUUCAUUCAUACAAGUUGAAAGGUGCUAGCUUUUGGGAUGUCCAGAGUCGUUGUAACAUCAGCUGGGGAUGGAGGAAACUAUUGGCUCUUCGCACUAGAGUUCGAUCUUGCUUUUGGAAGUCUAUUCGAAACGGAUGCAACACUAAUGCGUGGAGUGAUAAUUGGUGUGAUUAUAGUCCCCUUCGGUCGUUUAUAUCCCCUCGAGUCAUUGCAAAUGCUGGGUUAUCUUUACGCUCUAUGGUUGCUGAUCUUAUUGAUGAAAAUGGCCAAUGGUUAUGGCCUCAAGCAUGGUAUGACCUAUUUCCGGUUCUUAUUGAUGUCAAUGUUCCCCAGAUUAUUCCUGAUGUGGAAGAUCGGUUCCACUGGAAGGACACAGAUGGUAGAUUUCAAGAUUUUAAAACUUGGGAGGCUUGGAAUAGCUUGAGACAUAGAGAGGGAACGGUGUUCUGGGUAAAUGCGGUCUGGUUCAGUCAAUGCAUCCCUCGACAUUCCUUCCACUUGUGGUUAGUCAUCAAAAACAAGCUGAAGACUCAAGACAGAUUGGCAGAUUGGGAAGCGGGCAGCGCUACAAAUCUGAGACUCAUGUGUUGCCCCUUGUGUAAACAGGACCGUGAUUCUAGAGAUCAUCUUUUCUUCCAGUGCCCUUAUGCUUCGGAGGUUUGGGGCUUAGUGAGGAAUAUGGUAGACAUGGGAAGUGUUACGGAUUCGUGGUCCUCUAUUAUGUUAUGGAUGGAACUCAAUGCUCAUUUGAAGACCUUAGAGCAUAUUAUUUGUAAGAUCUUACUAUCAGCUACAACGUACUUUAUAUGGCAAGAAAGGAAUAGUCGAUUGUUCUCGCAACUUCAAAGGAAGACGUGUGAUCUCUCGAAGACCAUUAUUGAUUCGGUUCGGCUGAGGAUUAUGGGUUUCAAACUUGGUAGAGAGCCGAAGCAUAGGAAGAUAUUGGAGACAUGGCUGAUCUCGAAGAAUAUGGAGCUGAAUCCGGGCUAA